ACGUAAACCGUCAUGAUUGUGUGCGAAUACAGAUCAUGAACACUUGACUUGACUGCUACCAGAACUCUUGUGUUCUAUACAGAUACCGUAACGGCUUUACGUUCUCCCUUGUAUCACUCGUAUGUGUACCAAAAAAUCGCUUCGACUGCACAGCAAUUGAUUCUGCGGCCACUGGCAUACUGGACGCUGACAAAAGCGACGUUUUCAAUGACGGAACAAACAACGCCCGACGACAUAUCCACCUUCAUCGAAUGGCUGUCAAACAACGGUGGGAAGUUCCACCGUAACGUCUCGUUUCGCGCAGAACCAUCCGGGUACUCUGUCGUAGCCAGGCAAGACAUCCCAUCCGACACAGCCGUAGUGUACUGCCCAUUCAAUCUGGCCAUAACACCGGACAUAUCGCGGCGAGCUAUAACGUCCAUUCUGACAUCAACGGAUCACUCCUCGCUCGACAAUUGGUCUGAGAGGCAGCUCAUCUGUUCCUACAUUUGUCUCCACUGGAUCCUGAGCGAACCAAGUCAUCGGGACAUCUUGGUACACUGGCCAUACCUAAAGACAUUGCCUAGUGCCGACAAACUGCGCACGCCAUUGCACUUCACGCAUAAUGAGCUCGAGGCGUUCCGGGGGAGCAACCUCUACGGUGCGACGCUCGACAGACAACGCGAGUGGCAGCAGGAAUGGCGUGAAUGUCAAGAUUUUCUAUCCGCAGCCAACCCGGCAUGGGCCAGCGACUUCACUUGGGAGCGAUACCUCACCGCUGCGACGUAUCUCUCGUCACGCGCAUUCCCCUCAACUCUACUUUCGUCCGAACCGUCGCUGAUCUCCACGGCCUCCUCCCACCCGGUGCUCCUGCCCGGCGUCGACGCACUCAACCACGCCCGGGCACACCCCGUCUCAUGGGUCGUCAACGCACCCGAUAGAGGGGAUACCCAGACGAUCUCGCUCGUCCUGCGCACAAACACCCCGCGCGGGGCCGAGCUCUUCAACAACUACGGCCCCAAACCAAACGCAGAGCUCAUCCUCGGGUACGGCUUCUCGCUCCCGCACAACCCCGACGACACCAUCGUCCUCAAGAUCGGCAGCAACCCCACCACCUCCCCAACCACUCCCAUCACUCCCACCACUCCCGCCACCGCACAACCACCCGGUGGCAAGUUCGAGGUCGGGCGGGACGCCCGCGGCGCGGACCCCGUAUGGGCCGCAGUGCUCGCGGUGCUGCGCGAGGACCCCGAGGAGACGACGGUGGAGGACGAGCUCGACGCGGCGGAGAUGCUCGCGGAGAUGGCGGAGAACCUGCGGAACCGCCUCCCCCAGCCGCGCGUGGCCGGGCAAGAUUUCCGCCCGGAGGUCGCGACGAUGCUCGAGCAUUACCUGGAGGGGCAACGAGACAUACUGAGCUCGCUGAUUGCGUUCGCGCGCGAGAAGGAACGGCAGGCUGUGCAGCAAGCACGCGAACAGGGACUGCAGAUCGUCGAUGAGGAAGCUGAAGAGGAAGAGGAGUAAUUUGAUAUUGGGAUAUGCUACAACGCGUCGGAACACCCUUAUACCCGUAAUCAUACAACGUGCGGCAGAAGACCUAGGUUGUACACUUUGUUCGCGGUGUCGAAGAAUGCACUUUUGACGAUGCUCGUUGCCUGGCCGAGCGUCAACUCUCCACGACGCAUGGAAGACUCCAACACCUGUCGGACAUCGCUGAGUAUCAGUGUUGAACUAGAUCAUGUGAAGGAGCAC